AAAGUGAAAGGCAUUUGACUUGUCUGCUUCCUCUAUUGUUUUCAUGGGCUGUAUUGGCUUUUCAUAUUUGGAGGCUUCUACUCCAUUGACUAAGUUUUUUUAUAUAUUUGGGUGAUUAUGCAAGGUGCUCUUCAGUUUACUUCUUUCUUCUGGUAAGAUUACUUUCUCGGAUUUCUGACAUGCUUGUUAUUCUUUUUAGAUAAUGAAGUCCAUUAUCAAAAGGAACUGCAAACAUGCCAUCUCGGACAAGUAAUGACAAUGUUGGACGUACUCUGGAUGUUGUUCCUUCACCAUUAAGUGCUGAAAUGUCUGCCGGUUCAGUUGCUCUGGUCAAAGCAAGUUCUGAGAAAGUUAAAACUACACCAGUGGGAGAAUACCUGACUGCAGCAUUGAAUGACUUCGAUCCGGAUCAGUAUGACAGUCUUGCUGCCAUUUCUGAUGUGGCAAACAAACUCUUGAUGUUGGUAUGCUUACUUAAUGAUAUUCACGCGCAUUUGAAAAAUAAUGAGGGGUGUUCAUUAAGUGGAAAAAGAAAAACAUUCUGA